GUGACUUACAAUUCAAAAGUUUUGUAAGUCGUGUUUUGGUGGGGAGUACUUCACCACUCCAGAGUACACAUUGGGGAGAAAGGGAAGGAAUUCUGCCCUUAAUAAACUUGGCCCCUUAAGUUUGAUUCAGUGUAGUAAGUUCUUAUUUCUGAAUUCAAUCCUCACAAUCCAAAGCUCAGUUUCAGGGUAGAGAGAGUUGGUGUCGAGAACGAAGAAUGGCAAGCUAUCUGUGGAGGAAAUACGCAGAUUAUCUGCACACAAAGUGGGAGAAGACACUUCUCUGGGACAUGAUUGAGCCUUACAGACGACCCAAAUCCUUUACUCCCUUAGUCACCAUCUACAUCUGUGCUUUUUAUACGGGGGUUAUUGGCGCUGCAAUCACCGAGCAACUCUACAAGGAGAAAUAUUGGGAAGAUCACCCUGGAGAAGCUGUGCCCUUAAUGAAGCCAAAGUUUUAUGGUGGGCCUUGGAGGGUUAUGAGGGGUGAUGUUCCUCCAUUCAUCAAGGAGAGUUGAAGCAAAAACCUAGUAGCUGUUUCUGCUUGGUUCCUUUUGAUGCAUACUGUGUACAUAUAAAACAUGCUCAUUGAUCGAGGCACUUGAUAUUAAACUCCAGGAUUUGUUAAGCAUCAUACUUGUCCUUGGGCUGACCAAGAAUCGCUGCCUUGAUUCCUAACGCCACUUACAAUCUUUGUCUUAUGAAGCUCAUGAAUGUCAACCGGGUCGUGAUUUUUGUUUUUGAAGAGAGUGUACUUGAUUCUUGUUUUAACUAGAUAACACAACCCUUCAUGGAACGACCACCAACUUGCUAGUUUGUGUAACUUAAGUAGACGGCGUUCUUAUUAUGUUUUUGCUGGAUAA